GGAGGCCAGGAGAUUUCUGGCGGCGCCGGCGCCAUUUUGCUGGAGCCUGCGACCGAGUGGGAGUGGAGUGGAGCGGCUCUGGUUGCCGACUCUUUCCUCUUCCCCACGGUCCAGUCAGCGGGUUAAUUAGGCUAUCGGCCCUCGAGCCGAGACUUGUCUCUUAUUUAGUUCUGGGGAGCGCCUCGUCGACAUGAGUGAUGUAGAGGAGAACAACUUCGAGGGCAGAUGAGCGGCCGCGUCUCUGUUGGAACCGGCGGCGUUGCGUCUAUAAAGGCGAAAGCCUUGAGGUUGAAGGUGGGACGAGCCUAAUGAAGUGGUUAAUGUUCGUGAAGAAAUUGAAGAGUUUUUUCCAAGAAUGUGGAAGAUAAAUCAAGAUAAAAGAAGGCUAAUGAAAAGUAUUAAAGAUCAGAAAAUUAAAAUUGAAUGGGGGAAAAAAUUGAACAGAAGAUUGGUCAGAUAGAAGCACUUGAAUAUUUUUUUAAGGCUAUUUUGAAUUGUUUGAAUUGGGGAAGAAUACACGAAGUAUGAAAAAUGAAAAACUCAAUGAAGAAUGAAGAGAAGUAGAAAGCAAGAGUGAAGUAGAAUUAAAAGAAUCUGGAAGAAUGAAUGGGUCCUAGGUUAAGUAAAUGUAUGGUUUAUGUUCCAGUGUCUGUAUGAUCAAGUUGUAGAUGAAUUUGCAUGAUUACUUAGUUAAUAGAGAAUUGGUGAUCUGGUUCAAGUAGGGAAUUAUUGAGGACAGUUAGCAGUAUUAACAAUGGGUUAUUAUUGAGCUGAAAUUUUUUCUGGAGGGUGUUGCCUAACCAUUUGUUUUUCAGGAGCAAUCAAUAUAAAUAAUUACGGUACUUUAAAUGUUAGGUGUUAGGCAUCUACAUGACCAGUGCCAUUUGUAAUACUGUCUUCUUUGUUAGGAGUCUCGCUCUCAGUCAAAAUCUCCAACGGGAACUCCUGCUCGUGUAAAAUCGGAGAGCAGGUCAGGAUCUCGUAGUCCAUCAAGGGUUUCCAAACACUCUGAAUCCCAUUCUCGAUCAAGAUCAAAAUCCAGGUCGAGGUCAAGGAGACAUUCUCAUAGACGUUACACUCGAUCCAGAUCCCACUCUCACUCUCAUAGGAGACGAUCUCGAAGUAGAUCAUAUACACCAGAAUACCGGCGGCGAAGGAGCCGAAGCCAUUCUCCAAUGUCUAACCGGAGAAGACAUACUGGCAGCAGGGCAAAUCCAGAUCCCAACACUUGCCUUGGAGUGUUUGGCCUCAGUUUGUACACAACAGAGAGGGAUCUUCGUGAAGUAUUUUCUCGAUAUGGACCAUUGAGUGGUGUCAAUGUGGUUUAUGAUCAGCGAACUGGGCGAUCUCGAGGAUUUGCUUUUGUGUAUUUUGAGAGAAUAGAUGACUCAAAGGAGGCUAUGGAAAGGGCAAAUGGAAUGGAGCUGGAUGGUAGAAGAAUUCGGGUGGAUUAUUCUAUAACCAAGAGAGCGCACACACCAACACCAGGCAUCUACAUGGGCCGACCAACUCAUAGUGGUGGGGGUGGUGGAGGAGGCGGCGGCGGUGGAGGUGGAGGUGGUGGCAGACGUCGAGAUUCUUACUAUGAUAGAGGAUAUGAUCGUGGGUAUGACAGAUAUGAAGACUAUGAUUACCGAUACAGAAGACGAUCACCUUCUCCUUAUUAUAGUCGAUAUAGAUCACGAUCAAGAUCUCGUUCCUACAGCCCAAGACGCUAUUGAUAACGGAAUGGUUGCAAUUAAGGACAUUUUUUUUCCUCUUUUUUUUUUUUUU